AUGGCUUAUAGGCCAAGAACAUCAGCUUUCCGGCCACAACUUUCAGUUCGUCGUGUGUAUGAGACUUUGCAGCCUACGUCAGAGAUGAAAGAAAUCCCUGAAGCUUACCUUCUGAAUAUUUAUCUUCCAGGUUUCACAAAGGAUGUUAUAAAGAUUACAUAUGAGCAUUCUUCAGGAAUGAUAAGGAUUACAGGAGAAAGACAGAUUAGAGGUAAUAGAUGGAGCAGAUUUGACCAAACAUAUCCUUUUCCUGAAAAUAGUGAGGCAGAGAAAGUUGAAGCCAAGUUUGAACUUGGAACCCUCGUUCUCACAAUGCCAAAGAAGUUCGUUUCACAAGUAGCUCCUAAACCAGAAGUGCAAACAUCCCAAGAUAUAAGUCCAAGUCCUUCAGAGAAAGCUAUAGCUGAAGGAAAGCCAGAGAAAACACAAGAUACCAUUCCACCCCAAUCUCAAGAGACCCAAGAAGUUGAAGAAACAAGUGAAGACAAGAAAAGUGCUUCACUACCAAGCACUUUAAAAGGCCCUGAUGAAUUUAAGGCACAAAAGACUACUCAAGAAGACACAUCAUCUCAAAAACCUGUUGAAAGCCAAAUGGUAGAAGAUGAGAAGGCAUUGAAAGCUUUUAUCCCUCCAGAACCAAUUAGGGAUCAUAGCCCUCAAAAGGGUAAAGAGGAAGUUGCUGAAAAACCUAUAGUAACAAGUGAGCCUCAAACGGGUAAAGAGGAAUUUGAGCCAAAACCAACACCAACAAUAGCAACCAAAAUCCAAACAGAUGAAAAUAUUCCAAAGGGUGAAGAGGAAGCUGAGCCAAAACCAACAUUAACAACAGUUACCAGAGACCCAAAAGAAGAAGAUAAGCCUCAAGAGGAAGCCAGAAUAGCAACAGUUGAAAAGCAAUUAGAGGAAAAGACAGUGGGAAAAAGUGACGAAGAUGCUCAGAAGGAAAGAAUCUCAAAGAAAGGAGUUAAAGAGAAAGAUAAGGAGAAGGGUGGUUUUAAAGAGAAAAAAACCAGGACAAGAAAAUUGACACCUGAGGAAGCAGAACCUUCUGCUCCAAAAGUUCCAGAGAAGGAAAAAGAAUCUAGCAACAGAACAGUUCUCAACCAGCAAGGGAAGAGAGAAGAGGAUAUAAUUGACACUGUAAGGAAUGGAAUCACAGAUUUGGCAGUUUGUGCUUCCCAGGUUGUCACAAGAAUAGCAGAAGGGAAAUGGAAUCAUGCAGAGAAACAUUUAGCUGUGAAUAUAGGUGCUGCAGUUCUAGUGAUUGCUGCUUUGGGAGCUUAUGUAUCCCAUAGGUUUACCUCUUGA